AUGGCUUCUUUGGCUGCUGCUUUGGUUGAGAGGCAAAGGGUGGCUGCUUUGGAGAGAGCAGAGAGGGCACAAAGAGUGCGGCUGGUGGCUGACCCACUGGUGACUGUCCAAGACCUUCAAAGGGUUUUGGGACACUACUUGGAUGUGCUGCCUGGUGAGCCAGUGGCCAACCUGAAGCAGGUUGAUACUUGGGUGCAUCACUUCCAAUCAGUACAUGAAACAAAGUACAGGUUUCGCCCUAGGUUGCAGAAGUCGAGCAUGGUUGUGAAGGAAACUGGCUUCCCAAAGCUGCGAGGUCGAGCAGCAGAUAUACUUGGUCUUUCACAAGCUAUGUUGCACCUUUGGGAAUCCUUCAUGGACCCCCAGGAUCUACAACACAAGCAAGUUCAUGUCUUUGUGAAAAUGAACGCGCAGCUACAAGAAAUUCUUGAUGAGUUCAGCCCCACCUAUGGAUUUGUUGCCCUUCCUCCUCAGCAGGCUGAAAGUGCGUUUUCUUUAGGCCUCAAAAUGGCCCAGAUCCAUGCACAGUUGAAAGUUCAUUUUGAAGACCAAGAGAGGGCCCUUUGGAAUUUGACUUCCAAGACCCACUUUGCACUCCACAGUUUGGAGGUUUCCAGGUUCUUGCACCCAGCAAUGGUCUGGUGUUUCAAAGGCGAGGACACAAUGCAUCGAGCCCAGACAUUGUGGAAGUCCUGCUUGCAAGGCAGCAAACACUGGCAGGUCAGCAAGAAGGCUGCAUUCAAAGAAAGCUACCUUCUCAGUCUCUGA